AUGGUCAACUUUGGCUCCUUCACGUCCCUCACCUACUGGACGCAGAUUGCCUUUAUCGGCAGCAACGCCCAGUCCAAUGCCUCGUCGCUCGCCGACAUUGUGCCCCGGCGCGAUGUCAUGUACGUCGGCGGCGAGUACACCAACAUCACUGACCACACCACCAAUGCCACAUCUAUAGCCCUCCUCGGCCAGAUAUACGUCGAGAAGCUCUCCCCCCAUCAUCCCCAGCCCCCCAGCUUGUCCUCGCCGCCGCUGCCCAUCGUCUUCAUCGCCGGCGCCGCCCAGACCGGCACCAACUUCCUCGCCACCCCCGACGGCCGUCCCGGCUGGGCGUCUUAUUUCCUGUCCAAGGGCCACACCGUCUACCUCUCCGACCAGCCGGCGCGCGGCCGCUCCGCGUGGCAGCCCGGCGGGCCCGGCGCCUUUGGCACCAUUGGCCCGCCGCAGUCCGUCUCGGACAUCUUCACCGACACGGCGCGCAACGGCGGCCAGUGGCCCCAGGCCAAGCUGCACACGCAGUGGCCCGGCACCGGCCGCAUGGGCGACCCGACCUUUGAUGCCUUCUACAGGAGCCAGGUGCCGCUGCAGCAGGACCGCUUCAUCGGCGAGGAGGCCAAUGCCAAGGCCUACGCGGCGCUGGUGGACCAAGUCGGGCCGUGCUACAUCAUCAGCCAUUCGCAAGCUGGCGCAUACGGCUGGCGAGUCGGCGACAUGCGCCCCGACCUCGUCAAGGGCAUCGUCCAGCUCGAGCCCUCCGGGCCGCCCUUUACCCUGCGGCCGCCAUUUGGCACCGACCCGGCCUUUGCGUUUGGCCUCACGGACCUGCCCAUCGGCUACCGCCCGCCCGCCGGCGCGCACGCCGAGCACAUCAAGACGCGGAUCCGGCCGGCCGUCGACGCCGACCACAACGAGUGCAUCAUGCAGGCGUGUCCCGUCAAGAAGCUGACCAACCUCGCGCGCAUCCCGGAGCUCGUCGUCACGGGCGAGGCGUCGUUCCACGCGCCGUACGACUACUGCACCGUCGAGUACCUGCGGCAGGUGGGCGUGGACGUGGAGCAUGCGGAUCUGGGGAGGGAGGGGAUCCACGGCAACGGACACAUGUUCUUCAUGGAGAUGAAUAAUAUCGAGAUUGCGGAGAGGGUGUACCAGUGGCUGGAGAAGCAUUAG